GUUCGAUUAUCUGUCCGUGGUUAUGAACCGUUUCUUCUCGCUGACUUAUAACUGCCCUCGUUUCCGCCCCUACCUGGCCGCCUGUCUCACAUUGUUCCUGAUGCGCUCUCUUAGGAAGGCUUCUGUCGUUGGAGUGAAAACAUUACGCCGGGAUCGAGGGCUACCAGGAAGGGACCCUCAAGAGGCCCCCUGAACGCCCGGAUGGAAAGAAGGCAAAUCUUCAGAGACAGCGGUGUGAUUUGCCUGCAAGGCGUCGGAGGCCUGGGUUGCGCCCACCCUCUGCGCGGUGCAGCGAUGGCGGUGGUGGUCCCCCGCAGCUUCCGCCUGCUGGACGAGCUGGAGCAGGGCCAGAAGGGCGACGCCAUGAGCGGCGUGUCGUGGGGACUGGCCAUCCCAGACGACAUCACGCUCACCCACUGGACGGGCACCAUCUUCGGCCCUCCGGGCACGGCCUACGACAACCGCAUCUACUGUCUGUCGAUCACUGCCGGGCAGCAGUACCCCGACCGUGCCCCGGAGGUCAAGUUCGGCACCCAGAUCAACAUCUCGAACGUGGACGCCAGAACCGGGGAGGUGCAGAAGGACUUCCCCCUCUUGCGGGGCUGGAGGCGCGAGUUCACGAUCGAGAACGUCCUCACGGAGCUCCGGAAGAGCAUGGUUCAGCCAGCCAACCGCAGGCUGCCGCAGCCGGCCGAGGGCACCAACUACUGAGGCCGCCGAGGCCGGCCCUCCUCCCAUCCGAGGGGCGCACGCGGCGCGAAGAGCGCUCCAGCCUCCGCGCGCUCCGACCUCGACCUGCUCCUGCCCAGGCCGGCCGGCCCUCCCCUGAGAUUGAGGAUCCGGGUCAUCUCCCGAGAGCUCCAUCCUCCCGCUCGUCGUCCCACCAGGGCUGUACGUGCAGCCGAGGCACGGCGGGUGCUCGUCCGAGUCUGGGCCAAUUGCAGCACUGACCACCUCGGGCGGGGGCUGUCUGAGUGCAGCCCUUGGGCUUUUUUGGCGCUCCCCCCUCGAGAUCCUUAACCGCAGAGGGAAGAUCUCGACCCUUGCCCUCGCUGCCUGGCCAGACCAGAAAGCCCAUCUCCCUUGCGCUCGGCC